AUGCGACGCAAGCUGCGCUUAGGUUUGCUGAUUGACCUGGUGGUCCAUGUGGGCUGGUUGGCCAGCUGGCCUUACAAUAAAAACGAGUUCAGACCCUGGGUAGAUGUCAAACCUGUGAAAGCUAUAAAAGCGAAGGCCCAGUACAAACCACCAGAGGAGAAAAUGACCCAUGAAACCAGUUACAGCGCUCAGUUCAAGGGGGAAACCAGUAAGCCUGCUCCAGCUGAUAAUAAAUUCCUGGAGCGCAGAAGGAUACGCACUCUCUACAGCGAACCCUACAAAGAACCGCCAAAGGUGGAAAAGCCUAGCGUAAAGCCUUCCAAACCAAAAAAGACCACAACAAGCCAUAAACCCCUGAAAAAGGCCAAAGACAAGCAGAUUGCAUCUGGCCGGGCUGCCAAGAAAAAGAGCGCCGAGACCUCCAACACAGCAAAGCCAGAGGACAAGGAGAAAAGUAAAGAGAUGAACAAUAAACUGGCUGAGGCAAAAGAGAGCCCUGAAAAAACCGCUGGUGCUACAGACCAAGAACCAAGUACCUUAGUGCAGGAGCAACGCACAUGAAGUUGGCCACUUUCUUCUGAGCAGCAGUUGGAGCAAACGUAUAGUCUGCAUGAAAUGUGUAUCGUCUGGCUGGCAUACAAUAAAGCUGAUGAUCAGAGUUGAA